CCUCGGCGGGUUCUGUCGUCCGCUGGGGCCGGACCUGGGAUGGCGGCUCAGAAGAUCAAUGAAGGGCUGGAGCACCUCGCCAAAGCCGAGAAGUACUUGAAAACUGGUUUUUUAAAAUGGAAGCCAGAUUAUGACAGUGCUGCCUCUGAAUAUGGAAAAGCAGCUGUUGCUUUUAAAAAUGCCAAACAGUUUGAGCAAGCAAAAGAUGCCUGCCUGAGAGAAGCUGUUGCCCAUGAGAAUAACAGGGCUCUUUUUCAUGCUGCCAAAGCUUAUGAGCAAGCUGGCAUGAUGUUGAAGGAGAUGCAGAAACUACCAGAGGCUGUUCAGCUGAUUGAGAAAGCCAGCAUGAUGUACCUAGAGAACGGUACCCCUGACACAGCAGCCAUGGCACUGGAGCGAGCUGGAAAGCUUAUAGAAAAUGUAGAUCCAGAAAAGGCUGUACAGUUAUAUCAACAGACAGCUAAUGUGUUUGAAAAUGAAGAGCGUUUACGACAGGCAGUUGAAUUGCUAGGAAAAGCCUCCAGACUGCUAGUCCGAGGACGCCGGUUUGAUGAGGCGGCACUCUCUAUUCAGAAAGAAAAAAAUAUUUAUAAGGAAAUUGAGAAUUAUCCAACUUGUUAUAAGAAAACAAUUGCUCAAGUCUUAGUUCAUCUCCACAGAAAUGACUACGUGGCUGCAGAACGAUGUGUCAGGGAGAGCUACAGCAUUCCAGGGUUCAAUGGGAGUGAAGAUUGUGCUGCGCUGGAACAGCUUCUCGAAGGAUAUGAUCAGCAAGACCAAGAUCAAGUGUCAGAGGUCUGCAACUCACCGCUUUUCAAGUACAUGGACAAUGACUAUGCUAAACUGGGCCUGAGUUUGGUGGUUCCGGGAGGGGGAAUCAAGAAGAAAUCUACAGCAACACCACAGGCCAAGCCUGAAGGCACCGCUGCUUCCCCUGCCGAAGAAGAGGAGGACGAAUAUGCAGGAGGGCUGUGCUAGGAGCUUGCUUAGCAGAAAGGAAGAGAACAGUCCUGAGACACCAUUUGCGGACUUGGAAUGUGUCUAAGGGUAUCCAGACUUCAUUGCAGGCCUGGUUUUGAAUGCCAACAAAGACUAAUUUUUAGUUACCAUUUCCCCAAAUCAUCCAUUGUACCCAUUAUCUGUGAAGCAUUUUUUUUUCUUUCCAUGAUAAGAGCUUUUGUAAGACACCAGCAAGAAUUAACAGAAAAAUGUACUGUGACGUUUUAAUACAGUUGAUUUUAAAAUUUGCAAGCCAAAUUCUAGACAAAUUACGUUCUAAACAAAAGGGACAAUAGGCAUAGAUAUUCUUUUCUCUUGGGUUCUUGUAAUUUAUCGUGCAAGGAUUUUCUUUGCAUUUUAUUUAAUAAUUGCUGCUAAAAGUGAAGUUUACUGGUUAAACAAAAUAGUAUUACUUUUAAAUAUUUUUUGGUUUUGCAAAGGAAAUUUAUCCCCCAUGAUAUUAGAUACCUUUAAAUUAGUAAAUCUAUUCAGAGAAGAGAUUGGGACAGGAAGCUAUUUUGAGUCUUACAAUAUUAUUUAGCCCAGUAAGGUUUGAAAAUUUUGAAGGUAGCAUAUUAAAGUCAUUCUAUAAAUGUCUUCAGUUCUCUCUGAAAUAUGGAUAUUUUUUCCACGUAAAAAACACACAGUGACUGUCUCUACACCUACUUGGUUCUUGACUAAAUGGGCACUAGUGAGCACCUUUUUUAUGCAUUCUAACAGACGUAAUGUUUCCAUCAAUCUAGUAUAUGUAUGCAUUUCUUCCCUCCAAAGCAAUUUCUGAUUCAUUUAGAGUUGUAACAGGACAGUAGCUUGACAUGGGAAAUGCUAUCAGGGCAGAUGGUUUUUGAAGUACUUAUAUUUAAAGUACUGUACUGCCAAUGUGUUAAUCCUUUAUAGGUAUUUCCUAAAAGGGUAUUUUUGAAGCAUUCCUUUUUCAUGCUGUGUGGCUUAGACUCAUCUCCCAAUCUGUUCACUGGAAGGAGGCUCCAGAGCCUAGCAGUGAGCAUUCUGUGGGCAGGUGCUGCCCAGAGUGGUUUUCUGUUUGUCUGCCCUCCGUCUCUUCAGAGUCCUGCUUCGUGGGAGUACAGUGUGCUUAGUUCUGCUAGGCUUCCUGAAAACACUAAGGUAGGCGAGCACAGUGGGUUUAGUCCCAGCUGACUCCGUGGGAGAGCUUAGAUGGAAUACUAUCCUUGUUUGGCAGGUGGGCUUGGGGGGUGGAUGUUAGGAUAGGAAUCUUUAUUGAAGGUUUGAUUCAAAACACUAAUCAAUGUAAUGUUUUGAUUCCUUAAGUUACUUGCAUGGUUCUGCAGGUGGCAGCUCAUUUUCAAUAACUAUGCAGAUCAAUUUUGAACAGUCUCAAUAAAGCUGUAUUUAGGCAUUUGUAUUUAAUGACAUGUUAAUAUUUAAAGAUCCCAUCAUUGCUGCUCUGCCCUGUAGAGCCAGUCAGAAACUUCAGCACUCUUAUGUUAAUGCUUAUUUGAGUUAAUUAACAGUCUGUUUAAAUAGAUUUGGCAGCACUUAAAAGAUAUUUUAGACCCUUUGUUUAGACCAUAUUAUAGACCAUCCAUUAUGGUCCAUAUUAUCCAUGACAGCCUUGGAAAAAAUCUUUUACUCUUUUCAUACAUAUUAAACAAACAUGAGGAAUGAAUCAGUGCACUCUGUAGCAGCAAUGCAACUUGUCUUAAGUAAAGGCUUUGUACAAGUGCAGCCUCUCUCCACCCUCCCUGCCCACAUGUGAGAACUGACGUGCAGGACUUGGGGAUACUUGGGGUCUCAGGGUUAUUCUAUGUGGUGUCUGAUAAAGAGCAUUUGUUCCACCUUUAUGCGUUUUAUUUUUCCGCUUAGUAAGUCUAUCCUGAGGGUAUAGUCAGAAGUGGAAAACUUGGUGUUUACAACAGGAAAAAUUAUUUUCCAGAACUCAUGUGAUCACUUUUACCAAAAUGGAAGUCUGCAUGAAUAUGCUCAGAAUCUAAUAGUCAAUAUUCUCUUAUAUCAUAAGUGAAGUCAGUCUACAAAAUAUAUUUAAUAUAUUGAAUUUAUUUGUACAUAUGCAGAGUAUGGUAUUUGUGUAUGGAAUCUGGGCUUUAUUCCUAUUUUUUCCAGCUCUUUGAUGAGUAGAAUAUUAAAUGUGUUGUUAUGGAAAUGUAGACUGUUGCUUCUCUAGGAAGAUAAUUAUGAAAAUAAAAUCUGAAACUCUGUA